AUGGAACAGUUGAAUCCGUCUUCUUCAAUGGAUUGUCUUCCUGAUGACCUUCUUGUCCAAAUCUUAUCCUUCCUUACCACAAAACAAGCUGCUUCAACCUCUCUUCUCUCCAAGAGGUGGAGGACUCUAUUUGCUUUCAGUCCUAAUCUAGACUUGGACGAUCCCAUCUUUUUGCACCAUGAAAAGGAUUCAUGGAAGAAAAGGGGUGCUAUUCAAAAGAAAUUUCGGGAUUUCGCUUAUAGAACAUUGGGUUUGCAAUGCGGUAACCAUAUAAAGAAGUUGUCACUAAAAUAUAAACGAAUAUUUGGUGUUGGUGGCGUGGUUGUUUUUAAACACUGGAUAUGUUAUGCCUUGAAACAUGGUGUCUCUGAGCUUCAUCUAUGCAUAGAUACAUACACACAUUUCAUAUCCAGAAUCUGUACCAGCACCACACUGGUUAGGUUGUCAUUGGGAUCCAGCUUUUGCAUCCCAAAUGUUCCUUCGGAUGCAUCUCUCCCUGCACUAAAGGUUCUCUUCCUUGAUUCAAUCUGGUUUAAGGAUGAUCAAUUUUCUAAUGUGUUUCUAGCUGCUUGCCAUGCACUUGAGGAUUUAGCCAUACAUCACAAGUAUAAUACGUAUUAUUCAGAACCUUUAUACGUCAUACGCAGCAAAACCAUUACGAGACUCUCUGUUACCAUUAACUGUAGAUAUUAUGUUGAUCGUUUUCUCACUAUGUCAUUUGACACACCGAAUGUUGUCGACUUCUACUACUCUGAUUAUCUUCGGCGUGAAUCUCCACAAUGUAACUUGGAUUCACUUGUCAAAGCUACAUUGGACCUUCAUUUCUUAAGAGAUGACGCGGAUGUGACAAAUCUCAUCAGUGGGAUACGCAAUGUCAAGACCCUUCACUUGACUUCAUCUGCAGUCGAGGUGCUUUCGAUAUGCUGCAAAGGUCGACUACCAGUGUUCAACAAACUUGUUGAUUUAGUUUUUUCGAGUAAAAAAGAAGGUUGGAAAGUGCUUCUGCCUCUUCUGCUAGAGCGUUCUCCAAACCUUAAAACUAUGGUUCUCUCGUCUCUCUUCUCGAUGCUUCAAGGUCUGGAUGGUUUCACAUGUAGACGACAUCGGUUUACUCGAAUUCCUCCGAAUAACCAAAUAAAGAUGUUGAGUAUCAUGAAGUGUCAAGGAUAUCCAAGCGAAAUGAAACACAUUAGAUAUUUCUUAUUGAAAAUGGAGUGUCUUAAAGUCGUCAAAGUCUACGUUGCAGCUGAAAUGGAUGACCUCAAAAAGAUGCAACUCAGAGAGGAUCUGCUGAAGUUUCCUGCAGCUUCAUCCAAGCUUAAUAUACAAGUCAAGUGAUC